UCAAGCUAACCUAAUGUUAUAAUCUACACCUGAAUUCACAAACUGAAGCCCACCCUUAACCCUAUUCAAUAUUUCGUCCAUUCAUAUCACCCCAUUCAAUUGUUUUGUACGCUACUCAGGGAAAAUCAUCCCAAUCAUCGCAACAUUCAAUUGUUUCAUAUUUCAUCCUUCAUUGAUCACUGACGAUUCAAACCCAAAAUUAAAGUCCACUCAGUAAUUGACGCAACUAAUUAAAUUGCCACCAUCGUUUGGAAACCCCCAAUUAUUUAACAUGGAGCCCUCACAUCAAUUGUCUGCUCAUUCCCGAUUUCAAUUCCAUAUUCUCAGGUCCGUGCAGGAUUCUCGCUUCACACUGCGGCGUCCGGAAUCCCCGUUUAUCAGGAACCCACGAACAAUGGAGGGAACAAGUAACCAACCGCAGGCAACACACCCCGAAACGGCCCCAGCAGUCAAGCAUAAUAACAAAAGGAAAACACCAUCUGUAACGAAACCAUCGCCCAGGGAGUCUGACCCGCAAGCGGAUUCCCCAACAAAGCACGUUAAAACAACCCCAUCAGCAACGUCCAUGAACCACACAACAAACCAGCCAAACACGAACCAGGAUGCUAUUGCUACAGCCUCUGAAGCGGAGAACAAACGCGUUGACCAGGAAAAAAAGAUAGACGAUUGGGAAGAUGAUGAAUGGUGGUCAACCAAUAUACAGGAGAUCAUCGACGCAUGCACACCUCCUAACACCAAAUGAACUGCCUCUAUAUGAAUACGUGCUAAUGGUUUUAAGGCGUGUCUUUUAAGUCAAUGUUCAAUAACUCAAUGAUGUUUUCCUUCUUAAGACCUGUGUUUUCAAUUUCAAAUAAUCACCUCUUUGACCACCA